UAACAAUUAUUUGUGACAUUCUCUCUCUCUCUUUCUUAUAUAAGUAACCCUUCCUUCUUCCUUUACUAGAUCAAACUACUCACACACAAAAAAGCAUUCUUACUACAAUACUAGUACUAAACACAAGUCAAUUGUAAAACAAUGGCCCAAACCAAUACAAAAGAUGAACAACAAUUAAGUUAUGAUGAACAAGAAGAAGCUAAUUAUGCAUAUGGAGCUCAAAUAGCUAACUCUUGUGCCCUUCCUAUGGUCCUUAAUGCUGCCAUUGAGAUGGGGGCUCUUCAGAUCAUUUAUGAUCAAGGCGGGCUCGACGGGCUCAAGCCCGCCGAGAUAGCCACCCAGGUUCAUGCCACUAACCCGGAAGCCCCCGCCAUGAUUGAUAGGAUGCUACGGCUUUUAGCCACCUACACUAUCGUCGGUUGUACCACCGUCUCCACCGCUGACGGCGGUGUUGAAAGGCGGUACAAGCCCACGUCUAUGACUAAGGUUUAUGUUCCUGAUCAAGAUGGGGUGUCAUUGGCUCCUAACUUGAAAUUGUUUACUGAUACUGUCUUUCUUCAAAGUUGGAGCAAGCUUAAAGAUGCAGUGUUAGAAGGAGGGAUACCAUUCAACAUGGUACAUGGGAUGCACGCAUUUGAGUACCCAAGUGUGGAUUCAAGGUUCAAUGAAGUCUUCAACAAGGCAAUGGCUCAAUCCAUUAUUUUUGUCAAGAAGAUUUUCAACAAGUAUAAGGGUUUGGAGGACUCCAAUGUCAAACAACUUGUUGACGUAGGUGGAGGUCUAGGGCACUCUAUUGGUUUCAUUACUUCUAAGUAUCCUUCCAUUAAAGGGAUCAACUUCGAUCUGCCUCAUGUCAUCGGAGAUGCUCCUCCGUGCCCCGGUGUGGAGCAUAUUGGUGGUGAUAUGUUUGAAAGUGUUCCUAAUGGUGAUGCAAUCUUUCUUAAGUGGAUCCUCCACGAUUGGAGUGAUGAACAUUGCUUGACAUUGUUGAAGAACUGCUACAAGGCCAUGCCGGAAGGUGGGAAGGUGAUCGUGGUGGAGGCAAUCAUCCCAGAUGAGCCAGAAACGACGACGUUUGCAAGAGCUAUUAGCCAAGUGGAUUUAUUGAUGAUGACACAAAAUCCAGGAGGGAAAGAGAGGAGCAAGAGGGAAUUUGAGGCCCUUGCCAAAGGAGCUGGAUUUGCGGGCAUUAACUUCCAUUGUUGUGUACACGGCUUUUGGGUUAUGGAAUUCUACAAGUGAUUUUUUUUGUAGGAUGUAUCAUUUUUUAUGAUAUUGUUCUCAUAUUUCUCAUCAACAAGUUGAAAUUAAAAUAAUAAAAUGCAUUUGUGUUAACUUUCUAAAUUAAUAAAUCAUUUAUAUGUGCUCUCUUA